GCUGCCCGCCUCCCCUCUCUCUUUCUCUCUCUACAAAUCCAUGGUCUCAUCCGUCACUUAAAUACCCCAUCUCUCUCUCUACCAACCCAGACCCAAAAACUGAAACCCCCCUUUCUCUCUCUACAUUUUUUGUUCUCUGCCAUUGAUACCUUUAACCAUUUUUUGUUUCUCUCUCUAGCUGGAGUAGUCACCAUGAGAAUGAGUUGUAAUGGUUGUAGGGUUCUUCGGAAGGGGUGCAGUGAGAACUGCAGUAUAAGGCCAUGUCUUCAAUGGAUUAAGAACCCUGAGUCUCAGGCCAACGCCACUGUGUUCCUUGCCAAGUUCUAUGGCCGUGCUGGACUCAUGAAUCUCAUCAAUGCCGGGCCUGAUCAUCUUCGCCCUGCUAUCUUCCGAUCUCUGCUGUAUGAAGCCUGUGGGCGCAUAGUAAACCCCAUCUACGGCUCCGUGGGCCUCCUGUGGUCCGGCAGCUGGCAGCUCUGCCAAGCCGCUGUUGAAGCCGUGUUAAAAGGCGCGCCGAUCGUCCAAAUCUCCACCGAAGCCGCCGCCAAUCAGGGCCCAGCCAUUGCCCCUCUCUCCUCAAAACCCUACGACAUUAGACAUGUAUCCAAAGAAGAAAACACCAACACAAACUCGGCGGCUUGCGCCGAUCUCCACAAAGUGAAGUCUCGGAGCCGGUUUAAGCGGUCGGCUUCUAAGCCGAAGCCGAAACUCGAGGCCGAGCCUGUCCCAGAACCGACGGACAAUGAGUUGGCUCAGGUCUGCAAUCUCAGGUGGCGCCGGUGCUAUCCAGGUGGCUUCAACGGAGUCGAUAGUGAUUCGUCGAGUCAGUCCGAGCCCACGGCUGAGGGUGAUGAUAGUGCGUUCUCCGCCGAGACGGUAGAGGUUUCUUUGGCUCGUCGAGCUGACUCUGAAACCGAUCCUGACUCGCGAGUCGAAGAGAUCGGGCUGGAGUUGACGCUGGGUUUCGAGCCGGCCCCUAGAACUCGAGUCGAACGGCAUCAUUCGUCCGAGCCCGUGUCGGAUGUGACUCUUGGCCUUUGAGCCGUGGCUCGACUCGUGAGCCGAUCAGUUUUGGCGGUGUGUUAGGAUUUGGUUUUUCUUUGUAAUGAGAAUAAACAUGUACAAAACUUGUUUUAAGUGUUGUUUAAUUACUUAAUUUCAUAAAAUUAAUACAGGACAUAUUUAUAGCUGUCCAGUUUCUCUU